AUGAAAUUUACCGACCGCCCACGUUUGCGGUUUAGCAGCAGGUGUAGGCAAUUUAUCAGGCCGCCUGCUUUUCCUCUUAUAAGGGCAUUGCCCUGAGAGCCCAGGGCCCCUUAUGUCAUGAGCAUCGUUAUUAGAUGGGCUCACUAUGUUUCACCCUCCCUGAGGGUGAAGUAUGACACAGGGUGGGAUGCCUUGAAAGCGGGGUCGCCGAGCUGUGCAUUCAACAGGAGUGUGGAGAGCGGUGUUGGUGCAGGAAGAGAGAAGCUCGAGAAUCCAAGCCCACCCACCCCUAGUGCGCCACCACGAGGGCGGCUGAGCUCAGAGCGUUGGGAGAGGAGGAAGUGGCUCCAGAGCCCUCCCCGCCGCCCCCUGCCUGCCGCCGCGCCCCCCGUCCCUGUCCCCGCCCACGGACUCCAGCGCUUCGCUGGUUCCCCGGGAGUCGCCAUGGCAACGGACGCCGGGUUCUGGACUCCAAGCCCCGAGCGGGCAGCGCCGCGGGAGGCGCACGGCUCAGCGGCCACGGCCUGGGCUCCGAUGGACACCGGGGGCGAUGCGCCCGAGACGGAGAAGUGCCGGAAGGUCAUCGAGAACCUCGAGUCCGCCAUUGAGCAAUUCCAGUUCGAUGCCAGACUUAACAUUUCAGAUGAUUUAAAGAUUGGCUUUUUCAGCACAGACCAUGCUACUCAAACAGAUUGGAGUGAAAUUUUGCCAAUAAAAGAGUUGAGUUCAUCGACACAAAAGUUAGUUCAGAUGGUUAAAUCCCUUCAGGUGGAUUUUGGGUUCCUCAAACAAUUGCUCCAACUGAAGUUUGAGGACCGACUUAAAGAGGAAUCUAGCAAUCUCUUCAUUGUUCUACAUGACAGGAUCCUAGACAUCGAAAAACAUUAUCGACAGAAUGAGGAUAACAUAAGAAAAUGCUUCCAUCAGCAGUUAGCUGAUGCCAUAACUGUUAUUAAAGGAAUGUACCAGCAAUACUUUGAGGUGGAAGAAGCGAAUGCAUCUUUCCAAGAUGUAACUACUGUCAAAAUGGGUGUUUUGGUAAGAAAACUGAAAGAGAAAGAAGAAAUUAUUAAGCAAUUAAGAGAAGAACUAGACCAAUACGAAGAAUGUGGAUUUCAAAAACGUGAUUCUUUUGCCAGAGAGGCUGGCUCCCCAAAAGCAACCCUAGAAAGGGAAAAUUUGGAGUACAAAAUGGAAAAUGAAAGACUGCUUCAAGUUGUUUCAGAGCUUGAAGAAGAAAUCCAGCUCACUUUAAAAGAAAAUUCAGUAUUAGAAGAUGAACUUAUAAUUCUGAAAGAGAUGGCAGAAAAGGAUCAGAGAACUAUUCAAAAGUUAAUAGAUGGCAGAGAAAGGUUAAAAUAUGAACUUGAUUAUGAAAAAUCAUUAGUUCAAGAUAUGAUUAAUAAACAGAAAGAAGAAAUGGAAAUGAGAAAAAAGUUUGACAGCAUAAGCAGCAAGAUCCCAAGAUCACCCAAGAAGACAGAAACUGCUUUGUCCCCAUGGACCUCACAGUCCAGAGAUCCAUCCAAGACUGUGGUAGCUUCAAGUCCACCUUCCGCUUCCAUCAGUACAUUGCUUGUUAAGACCAAAAAAGCUAAGAGUCCAAAGAAAUCACCAAAGGAAGAGAAGCCUAAGGUUGUAUGUAAAAUACCUGUUGAAGAAAAUAAGGUGCAAGCAGCAGUGCCUAAGUUUGAAGACAAAAGUGCUUUGGAGAUGCAAAUAGAAAUAUUAAAGGCUAAUUUAGAAAACGAGAAGAAGAAGAGAGAAAGGUUUAGGAGGGAAGCAGACAGGAUGAACAAAAUCUGGGAAAGGAAAUUCUUUAUUCUCAGGAACAGCUUUCAUGUCCUUAAGGAUGAAAUGUUUACUAGGCACACACUGUUUCGUCAGUUUGCAGUAAUUGCUGAUACAUCCUUCAAUUAUCUUAAGGUAAAACCCUUAUCUGAGCCGUCUAAAGAGAACGUGGUAACUGAUGUGAAACCUUCUUCAAGUGAUUAUCCUGUAUCUUCAAUAGACAACAAGUAUAUGGAUGCAGUUAGUGACCAGAUACCUUUCAAACCUCCACCACAAGAGAAGUUAUCAGGAACCCUGAAAGAAGAGCCUUCAGAGGAGCCAUCGAAACUACAGAACAGCCCCGUGGACGCCACCAGUUAA